GUAGUGUGAUCUAGUGAGUGAUAGGGUGAGAGUGCCCGGCCCGAUGUGCUGUGAGCUGUGAUCCGCGGCUCCGCGGCCGGGGGGUUGGGUGGCUGUGCGGAUUGGUUGCUCAGCUCUGCUCGCCAACACAGCCAGUUAGUCGAGCAGGGUUUGUUUUAACAUAACCAGAGGCACAAUUCGACAGCCCGCAAAACAACCAUGUAGUAAAUAUGAAAUUGUAAUUGCUAGGGACCAAGGUGAUAUAGGCUACACUGACUCUUGAUGCACUAAAAUGGAAGGCUAAUUCUAUUUUGUCCAUUGAUGACUCUGUUUUGUUAAGGCCGACGCUGAUGAGAUAGUACAGGAGGUGAAGGGGAGAGAAUGAGAGAUGUGGGUCUUUCUUGGCCUACUACUACCGCUGCUACUGCUGGGAUUGUGCAGAUCCGCUUUCACAAAUCGAAAAAAACAUACGCUUCAUGCCCCAAUCUGAAAGACCCGCAGUUGGCGUUAUUGUGACCGACCUCCAAAUGGAAGGAGCCAUGACAACAUGAAUCGGUCAUACAGACGGGCUGUAAGGGGCUGCUCAGGCUCAGCAUCAGCCACAGUGUACAGCUCAGGCCAGCCAGAGUUGAGGCCCCCCAAUGGCCUCUCAGUUUCUGCCACUUCCUAUGGAAACCAGUGUAACAGCAGCACCAAGCAUGGUUCAACAGACCAACUGUCGGCGGCCAUGCAACUGUCAACCUCCGCCCUCAAACAGGCACCUAGCUACAUGUAUAACCAGGCAGAGAAGGAGAGGCCCCACUGCUACAGUCCUCUGCUGAGGCUCCAGGACCUCUCCACUAUGGUACACAGACCUGGGUCUGAUCUGGGACCCGGGCCCCAGCCUAAGGAUCUCGACGCCAGGAAGCAUUUACACUCUCACAGCCCAGUGGGAGUCUCUAGUUUUGGGGCUCCCCUGGUCCGACUGCCCCCCUCUACUGGUAAUGAGGAGACAGAACCCUGCGAGGAUUCCAUGCGGGAUCAGAACGGUUUCUCUCCUGUUAGUUCUGAUAGUUUGGAGCGCUGCUCCCCCAUCCCCAAUGGAUACCUGCAUUUCGAGUCCACCUUGUUUGACAGUGGGGACAGGGAGGAUGAGGAGGAAGAGUUGGUACCUUUUCAACAACACUCUUCUAAGUCCGCCAGAGACAGAACAGUCACAGACCCUAACACCACCUCUGGUUCAGGGGUAGGCCAUACCAGCACAUACAAACCCUCUGUUCUCAACCUGAUGUCUAAGAGUCUGUCUGAACUGGACCCUACUCUGAGCCCCAGUGCCCUGCCUGACAUGUCCAUGGGGGAUGGCUGGAGUAUGGACCAGGACUCUGACAGUGACAGUGACAGUGCGAUGACAGGAGACACACUUGACCAUGGUCUCAUCUCACCUGUUGGAACCAACUCUAAUCCCAACAGCCCAAAGAAGAAGCCCCUCCCAGUAGUGCAGUACUUGGAGGGAGAUCUGGUCUGGGCCAAGUUUAACCGCCGCCCCUGGUGGCCCUGUAGAGUUACCAUAGAUCCUCUGGAGGGGAUACACACACGCAUGAAAGUCCCCAGUCGUCGUCCUUGUCGUAUCUAUUACGUGGAGACUCUGGGGGAGAUGGCAGACCAUGCCUGGGUACCUGGGAAAGUUACCUACCCAUUCACAGGAGGAGAGCAGUUCACAGACCUGCCUGUGCUGAGACGGAGAGGGAAACAGAGGGAAAAGGACUACAAAUACACAAUACCAAAGCGUCUGUUUGAGUCGUGGAAAGUCGGUGUGCUGGAAGCUGAGUUUCUCCUACCUGACCUGCUGAAGAAUACUGCUGUCUCUUCUUCCAUGCCCUCUAACAGUGAAGAGCGGGUGUCCUUUCCACUGCCUGAUGAAAAACCAUCCGAGGCCCCCUCUUGUUCCUCCUCUAUGCUCACUGCACCCCCCUCCUUCAGCCCUCCCCCCAACAGAAACAAACAUCCCCCUGCUGCCGACCUGGCCGUAGCGAACGACAGUAGCAGCAAAAAUAAACCCUGCCAGAAGAAGAAGAGGAAGGGUUUGGCGGAGAUCUUUGGUCAUAUAGGUGGAAAUCCCACAGAGUCACUAAGCAUCCUAGACUUGGCCAACCAAAUGCCUGCUGCCACAGCUGAUCCACUGAAAGAAGAAGAUCCCAAGGACUCUCCAUACGCAGACCUGGAUUCUGUACCAACCAUUGUGCGUCCCAAACGGUCUGAGAAACCUGCUAAAGAAGACACAGAGAAACCGUCUGAACCCUCACAAGAGGAGGCAGAGAAAGGGGGCAAGAAGGAGCGGGCUACUCCUCCUGAAAAGACCAAAGACAGGCAUGUUGUCAUGGUGGUUCCUAGGCAUGUAGUUCCUAUAUCCUCAUCCCCAAAUAUUUUAGUAAACAAAUCCCUUUUCAAAUAUAGAACUACAAAAAACACAAAUGUUUUACAGUCAAAACAGAAGUUGGGCAGCUCUUCUGAACUAAAGAAUAUAAAUGCUCUUGAUAAGCCCUCUCUGCAACUCCCUUCCAGCAGACGUCUGAUGACCAGGGCCCUGAAAGCAGAGGAAGAGACAGAUCUCAAACAGACUCUGCUGGCCUCAAGCCAAAACUUGACAAAUGAUAGGCUUAAUGUACAUUCUUCUGACGAUGAUGAUGAUGAUGUGAGCGAUAUUGUUCAGAUCAGAACAGAGUCGUCUACAAGCAGGGAUUCUUCACCAGACAAAACCAGAUCCUCUGCUAGCUCUCCUAAAAAACAGCCUGAGUCUGAUUGGAGGCACCUCCACAACGGCUCGUGGAAAAACUCAGAAGAUGUGACUCCAGGGUCCAGUAAGCCUGUCAUACCCUCUAAGGUCAAGGAAGAGAACAUUGUCUCAGACAUAUCCUCCUGUUCUUCCUCCACCUCCACUCUCUCUCCCAUGGACACUUUCCAGGAUGUCAAGGAGCUGUCAUUCAAAUCCCUAGUGAAGGAGGAGAGUGACUCUGGGGAAUCUAACACUAAUUUUAAACCUGAGCCUAAUUACAAGUUCAGUACUUUCCUGAUGCUCCUGAAGGACAUGCAUGAUACCAGGGAGAAAGAGGGCAAGCCCCUGACCAUGCCUCCCUCGCAAGCCCUCAUCCAGGAGGAACCCAUGGUCAUAGCCACUGUCCAAGCACCAGCCGACACCCUGAACACUGCUGCUGGCGGGGACUGGACACCAACGGGGACCAAAAUCCAAAACGGCCAGCAUGCGAGCUCGCCAACACCCAAGAGCACACCGGCCAAACCCAAGUCCAAAACUAAACCCAUCAUGAAAAACGACACAUACAAACUUGAAGGGAAAACGGUGCUGGCUCAGAUGGUGGCGAACGCAGUAGAAAAGCAGCAGCGGAGGAAGCCGAGGCCUCCAGCCAAACUCCGGGCCACCAUCGCUGGUCUCUCUACCGAGUUGGCCGACCUAGCCUGGGGGAGGGAAUUUGUCUCUGGGCACGCUGACCUGGCUGAGCCUGGCCUCAGCCCCCCUCCUCUUCCUCCUGUCCCCUCCGCUGUUGACUCCUCAUCCUACCUCGACAAGAGCCCGGGUACCAAAGUGGCCCCUAAGAAGCGCUGGCAGACGUUUGCUCAGCAGGGGCCGGUGAAGCCUGGGAAGGAUCCAGGGGACCCGGGUGGGGUGGCCUCACCGCAGGGGCUUGCGGAAGUGAAUGGGGUCUACAGAGACUGCCAGGGAGGGACACCAGACCCUAUCAGCUCCCCUGAUCUAAACCUGGGGAUGGAGAAGCAAGAUGACACAUCAGCACUUUCUGAAAACAAACGGCUGAGGAAACCCAGCAAAAGACUGCUGGAAUCCACAGAGGAGGAACAAUUCUUCUCCCCGAAGAAAAGAAUAAAGAAACCUCUGGAAUCUUCCAAAACUCCGAGCCAUUCUUCAGCCCCAGCCCUGCUAAUGUACACCUCUACACCCAACCCCACCUCUCUCCCUACCUCUGGGGAGCCAGCCAGCCCCAUCCCUGGCCCUACCUCUGGGGAGCCAGCCAGCCCCACCCCUGGCCCUACCUCUGGGGAGCCAGCCAGCCCCACCCCUGACCCUACCUCUGGGGAGCCAGCCAGCCCCACCCCUGACCCUACCUCUGGGGAGCCGGCCAGCCCCACCCCUGGCCCUGCCUCUGGGGAGCCGGCCAGCCCCACCCCUGGCCCUGCCUCUGGGGAGCCAGCCAGCCCCACCCCUGGCCCUGCCUCUGGGGAGCCAGCCAGCCCCACCCCUGGCCCUGCCUCUGGGGAGCCAGCCAGCCCCACCCCUGGCCCUGCCUCUGGGGAGCCAGCCAGCCCCACCCCUGGCCCUGCCUCUGGGGAGCCAGCCAGCCCCACCCCUGGCCCUGCCUCUGGGGAGCCAGCCAGCCCCACCCCUGGCCCUGCCUCUGGGGAGCCAGCCAGCCCCACCCCUGGCCCUGCCUCUGGGGAGCCAGCCAAAACCCAGACCCUAGCAGGGCUGAAACCGAGUCUGUCUCAAGAUGUCCUCCACCGUGUUAUAGAAUCAUUAUCCAAACAACCCCCAGCAGUGACCUCUUUCUCUACUGACUCAUCAUCCGAUGGGGCAAACCCUCCUCUGCCCUCUGACCCAGUAUCCCUGGAGAGGAAGAGGCCAAGGAAGCCGUCUCACAAGGUCCUGGAAUAUACCAUAGAGGAAGUGUCAGUCAGUCCUCCAAAGAAGAAGGAGUUUAAGAACCAGAGUGUACAGACAGAUGUGAAAACAGAAGUCAGGGACACUCAGGUAAAGUCUGUGAAGAAAGAAGGGCCUGUAUCCAGCGUGACACCUCCAGAGAGCAUGGUUUCUCUGCAGGGCUCCUCUCCUGCCCGGCCCUCUAGCCCUACGGUGCUCCUCACCCCCAAGGAAGAGACCGAGAAGAUCAGUCCUGGGGUGGGAGGAGAGAGCCACACCAACGGAGAGACGACACCCAAAUCUGAGGUGUUCUCUCCUGGUAUGAAUGACAGUUUCUCCCGACCCGGUGAAGGGUCCCUGGUCUCCAGCACUAAGAAGAACACAGCAGAGAAAGGAGGAGCUGCGUCCAUGAAGGAGAAUGUCUGUCAGGUGUGUGAGAGGACAGGUGAGCUGCUGCUGUGUGAGGGCCAGUGCUGUGGGGCGUUCCACCUGCAGUGUAUCGGCCUAUUAGAAGCCCCUAGAGGGAAGUUCAUCUGUUGUGAAUGCACUAAAGGGGUCCACACGUGCUUUGUGUGUAAGAAGUCUGGCGACGGUGUGAAGAGGUGCAUGGUGCCUGUGUGUGGGAAGUUCUACCACAACGAGUGUAUCCUGAAACACACACCCACCCAGCCCCAGAAUAAAGGGGUUCGCUGCUCCCUCCACGUCUGUCUGUCCUGCCACAUCACCAACCCCCUCAACCCCUGCAUUUCCAAAAGUCGUCUGACCCGCUGCGUGCGCUGCCCUGUUGCGUACCACGCAAAUGACUACUGCAUGGCGGCAGGCAGCAUUGUCCUGGCCAACAACAGCUUCCUGUGUCCAAACCACUUCACCCCCCGCAAGAACUACAAGAACCACGAACACAUCAACGUCAGCUGGUGCUUCGUCUGCUCAGAAGGGGGCAGUCUGCUGUGCUGCGAGGCCUGUCCUGCUGCCUUCCAUCAAGAGUGUCUGAACAUCGAGAUGCCCGAGGGGAGCUGGUUCUGCAACGACUGCAAGGCUGGGAAGAAACCACACUUCAAGGACAUCCUCUGGGUUAAAGUGGGAAGAUUCAGGUGGUGGCCUGCGGAGGUGUGUCUUCCUAAGAACAUCCCAGAGAAGAUUCUCCGUAUGAAACAUGAGGUGGGGGAGUUCCCCGUUCAGUUCUUUGGUUCUAAGGACUACGCUUGGACCUACCAGGCCCGAGUCUUCCCUUACAUGGAGGGAGAUGCCAACAACAAGGACAAGAUGGGGAAGGGUUGUGACGCCAUCUACAAGAAAGCUCUGAAUGAAACAGCUGAGCGGUUUAUAGCGCUUCAGGCUGAGAAGGAGAUGAGACAGCUUCAGGAGGACAGGAGGAACGACAAGAAACCUCCUCCCUACAGACACAUCAAGGUGAACCGACCAAUUGGCAAGGUCCAGAUCAUCACGGCGGACCUAUCGGAGGUGCCUCGCUGUAACUGCAAGGCGUCUGAUGAGAACCCGUGUGGCAUGGACUCUGAGUGUAUCAACCGCAUGUUGAUGUAUGAGUGCCACCCUCAGGUGUGUUUGGCAGGGGAGAAGUGUCUGAACCAGAGUUACACCAAGAGACAGUACACCCAGGUGGAGAUCUUCAGAACCUUGUCACGAGGCUGGGGGCUACGGGGCGUCUCCGACAUCAAGAAGGGUGCAUUUGUGAAUGAGUACGUGGGGGAGGUGAUAGACGAGGAGGAGUGCAGAGCCAGGAUCAAACAUGCUCAAGAGAACGACAUCUGUAACUUCUACAUGCUCACUCUGGACAAGGACCGGAUUAUAGAUGCUGGACCCAAGGGGAACCAGGCGAGGUUCAUGAAUCACUGCUGCCAGCCCAACUGUGAGACCCAGAAGUGGACGGUAAACGGAGACACCAGAGUGGGGCUCUUUUCCCUGGAGGACAUCCCCAAAGGUGUGGAGUUGACCUUCAACUACAACCUGGAGUGUCUUGGUAACGGGAAGACGGUGUGUAAAUGUGGAGCGCCCAACUGCUCUGGGUUCCUGGGGGUCCGACCAAAGAACCAGCCAUCUAAAGCACGGGAAGGAAGGGAACUAAAGGAGGGCAAGAAGAAGGUUCUGGUGAAGAGGAAGCCUCAGCAGGAGGUGACGAAGGAGAGGGAGGACGGGUGUUUCAGCUGUGGGGACGGAGGACAGAUUGUGUCCUGUAAGAAGACAGGAUGUCCAAAGGUCUACCAUGCAGACUGUCUCAACCUGGCCAAGAGACCUGCAGGCCGUUGGGAGUGCCCCUGGCACCAGUGUGACGUCUGUGGUCAUGAGGCAGCCUCCUUCUGUGAGAUGUGUCCCAGCUCCUUCUGCACGCAGCAUCGUGAGGGCUUGCUCUUCAUCUCUAAGAUAGACGGGCGGCUCGCCUGCAACGAUCACGACCCCUGUGGACCCGAGCCUCUGGAACCAGGGGAGAUCAGGGAGUACGUACCUCCUGGGGGCAUGCCUCUCCCCCACCUCACCCACCCUCAGGGUCAGGUCCCACCCAGGCCUGGUUCCACCACUGCUGGUUCUAUCCCCUCCACAGUUGCCCCAGACCUGACCCAGGACUCGCUACUGCCCCCUACAGGGAGCUUGUUCCUCAACACCUCCCAGAACUCCAAUACCUCCUCCUACGGACCCCCUAGCAGUCCCUACAUGUCUGAUAGUCAAAUACUGCACUUCUCCCUUCCUUCUCCCCCCUCCUCCUACAAGGACGUGAAAGAGGAGGAGGAGGAGGAUGGAGAGCUGGAAGACGGACAGGUGGGUGGAUUAGAAGAGGAUGCAGAGGAGGAUGAAGAAGAGGAGGAAGGAGAGGUGAUGGAGGUAGUUGAGGAGGAAGAUGAGCAGUAUGAGGGCAGAGUAGGAGAGGAGGAAGGGGGAGAUGUGUAUGACACCUGGGGGGACUACAUGGAGGAGGAGCCAGACGAUGAGGGGGGGGUAGAGGGACAGGAGGAGGAGUGGGGGGGGGUGGAAGAUGAAGAGAAAUGAACUCUGUUUUACAUCCCUCCCCCUUGUCUUCCAUUCCUUCUUCCAUCUAUCCAUCUCUUACGAAAAUACUUUUUCUCCAGCUCUCAUCUCUCUAGUGACAUUCUGAUGGACUGACAAUGAGAGACAGAGAGAGAGAUUGUCCUGGUGGUGCCAAGCGAAAUACGAAGCUGCCUCUGUGUUCACACUGCAUUGCCUUCCUAUGCCCAGCAUAGCAUAGCAUAGCACAGUGUGGGAUAUAAACUGGUGCUAAGGGGCUGGGAGGACUGCUCUGGUCAGCCUCUGGUCCAUCUGUUGAUAUGUUAUUGGUAUGUGCUCUGGUCAGUCUCUGGUCCAUCUGUUGAUAUGUUAUUGGUAUGUGCUCUGGUCAGCCUCUGGUCCAUCUGUUGAUAUGUUAUUGGUAUGUGCUCUGGUCAGCCUCUGGUCCAUCUGUUGAUAUGUUAUUAGUAUGUGCUCUGGUCCAUCUGUUGAUAUGUUAUUGGUAUGUGCUCUGGUCAGCCUCUGGUCCAUCUGUUGAUAUGUUAUUGGUAUGUGCUCUGGUCAGCCUCUGGUCCAUCUGUUGAUAUGUUAUUAGUGACUAGUGCAUUUUUCUUUACAAUUGGAAAACAAAAAAGGAUGGGCAGCCUCACUCAGCCACACCCUGACUAUACCGGAUCUGUUGCAUGUGUGACCAUUGCAAAAAUAAAUGUACAAAUUCAAUCAUUUCAUCCACACUGCUUGCGCGCGUCAACUAAUGUCUUCGAUGCCAAACUCUGAAGUAGAACUUGGUUGCACAAUCUCCCGUCUCCUUAUUGCUUUUACAUAAAGAUACAACCCCACAUGUUUGCUUGAAAUGAGAAACCUGCAGAUAUUAUUCAAAGAUAACUUACUAGGUUUCCCUUUUAAUUUGUGGAUUAUACGGCAGAAUGGAGAUAUACACACGCAGUGUUUUUUUGUGUGACCUGGGUCAAAGUUCUCCAAAGGGACCUCAGAAUGGGAACACGUAUGCAUGAGAAGGUAAAAUAACAAGCCACUGUUCAUGUCCCCAGGACAAACUAGCUAACAACAGCUAUGCAACGUCCAUGAAUGUUUCCUGUGGAUUUUCACCUGUCCCCAAAUGUAAUAUAAUUGGAUCACAGUUGGUUUUGUUAUUUUUAACCUGCAAGUCAUGAUGGCGUCUGGUUGGAGUAGACAAAAUCAACACGCCCACGGUGGCGCACGCACGGGCGGGGCCGGUGGAGACAUGAUUUUUGAGUUAGGAGCUCGACCAGAUAUCAAGAAUAAUGAACGAUAUGCUCUCUAUGAUCACUGAUUUAUAAAACGGCAUAAACAACUUCUGGUUUGGAUAUAUACCUUUGUUACAAAUCAACACAAUGGUGAAAUCUAAAGUGCAUCUCUUGUAAAGGAAAAACACUUUUUGUCCACAGCGAAAGAUUAUGAUGAUAAACUCUCAAUCCAUAAUUAAGAUCCCAGAUUGUCCAUUAUCUUAAGAUGGUUUAUGGCUGGACAAACAUAAAUAUUCCAAGAGUUCAGAACAUCACUCCUGUUAGUUGUGCGCACAUCAAUGUUUUGACCUCCCUUUAUGGCUUCACGUUACUGUUCCAUCCACAGAAUUAGAACAAAUUCUAGUUCUAUGAUUCCAUCCCAUAGGUCAUUCAAAGAUCACAUCUGGCAGGAAAAUGUCUUGUCUGUUUGGGAGAUGAUGUGAAAGUUUAUAUUGUGAGUGCACGUGGUGUAUGUUUGAGUGCACGUGGUGUAUGUUUGAGUGCACGUGGUGUAUGUUUGAGUGCACGUGGUGUAUGUUUGAGUGCACGUGGUGUAUGUUUGAGUGCACGUGGUGUAUGUUUGAGUGCACGUGGUGUAUGUUUGAGUGCACGUGGUGUAUGUUUGAGUGCACGUGGUGUAUGUUUGAGUGCACGUGGUGUAUGUUUGAGUGCAUGUGGUGUAUGUUUGAGUGCACGUGGUGUAUGUUUGAGUGCACGUGGUGUAUGUUUGAGUGCACGUGGUGUAUGUUUGAGUGCACGUGGUGUAUGUUUGAGUGCACGCACUUGUCUGCGGUUAUAGAAUCAAGCGAUACUUGUCAUGUAUUGUCUCAUGGCCUAAAGAACAGUGUUUUAGAGUUUUAUAAAGUAGAGUUUUAUACUUCUGAAAUGACUGUUGUGGUGCUGUAAACAUUUGAACACAAACCCCUUAGUAUAGACUGCAUCGUCUCGCUGGAAAGCUGGUUGCCUGCAUCACUAAAAUACAUGGUUUAUCACCUCUGUUGAUUAACUGAAGAGCCAAGCAGAAUGUCUCGUGUUUUCUGUCAUAACUAAUGUUGAUUCAUCAGGCAGCUUUUCCAACAGGAUGGUUUAUCAUCACAAUGAAGCUGUGAAGCGUUCUGAAACGUCUCUACAUUCUAGAAAGGUUGUUCCGAGACCUUCAGUUCAUACAUUUUGUGUAAUGUUCUGCUGUAUAUGUUCAGCAUUCAAACAUGUAGCAGCACACUUCCAACGCACAAACACACGGGUCCAGUUUGUUUGGUUGCUGGUUAUGGUUAAAUUCCAUGAAAUAACAAACCUUCCCAUGAGUCUCGUCUAAUGCUUUUUAAAAUGAAAUUAGAACAUUUUCAUGAAUUUUACAAUUGGUUGAAUUGAUGUUUUAGAAUUAGAAUGUCACCAUGAGAAUCACUGGACAAUUGGCCUUACGAUCCUGAAUAUUCAGCCUUUUUAAACAAUCAAUUGGGUCCAACACAUAUCAACUAAAUGAGAAAAUGAUGUACUGAAUUCCCAAACAGAAGCACUACCAUUUUUACAUGGCUUGUCUAAUAAUGUGUCAACAAAUAUGUCUGCCUCACUCUUGACUUGACAUCCAGGCAGAGAACUAACUAUAUGUAUGUUUUGGUUGGCUAGUUUUGUAUGUAUCAAACCUAUAUAUUUUCCUUUUUUCUUUUUGUGAUGAUGUUUGCCAACAGGUCUACUUUAAAAGGUUCUCUGGCCACUCCUGUUUUUUUUAUUAUUAUUUUUUUUUUUAAGAGAGAUGAAACACAGAAAUAGAUUUUCUGAAGAAACAGGGGAUAUGAGAAGACUCAUGAACUGAAUUGUACUCCUUUGUGUAUAAUAAAUAUUAUAAGUAAAGUUUCACAAUAGAA